GUUGCAGUCAAAACAAUCCCAAGUGAAUCUAGCGCCUCUCAUGUGCACAAUUCCAAUAUAUGCAUGAUUUCUAUUCUGCUUAUGUUUAUGUAAUUUGUAAAAAUGUCUGGAGACAGUGAGGGGUGGCAGGUGGCUCGGCGACGCAAAGGUAAAUUUGAAAAGAUGAAGCUUCAAGUGUCUUCAGACGACCCAAACAUUCAGGAACAUCUGGACGUUGACAAGAUUGAAAAACGACUCAGGCAAACAGUCUCUGAUUUAACAUGUGAAGCCUUUUACGAGAAAUGGAAAGACGAGUUGCUAAUGGCAGCAUUGGGAAUUCAACAAUUUCAAGAGAAGAUCAGGGACGCUCAGGUGGCUAACCAUGACCUUUAUUGCUCAUCUCCUGGGCAAAUGCAGUGCGUGUGUUAUGGGCUGGGAUCCUUCUCCUCUUGUGUAUCUGCACGUUACCAGCUGGCCAUGUUACUGCUGCUUUUAGGUGCAUUGAAGAUUGAACUAAGUGACUGCUUGGUCUUUGAUCCUGUGUUUUCUUCUGGGGAGAAAGAUGUUUUAAAAAGAAUCGGACUGACUGUGUUGACAGAGAAUGAGCUCCCACAGAUGAAUGCUGCCGUUGUGUCCUUGGGCAAGACACUUAACCCACCUUGCCCACAGUGUCUGCGUACACUGGUGUGUGAAUGUGUGUGUGAAUGGGAAGGAAAGCGGCAAGUCGAUAAACCAACCAUUUUUUACUUGAUGCACUGUGGGAAAGCCCUUUACAACAACCUUCUGUGGAAAAACUGGAGUAAACACUGUCUGACUGAAAUCAUUAUUAUCGGAAACAGUUUCUGUAGUAUGAAGGAAAGAACAAUUGAUAGAGAAUUUAACCGGGAUUACAGUUACAUUAGCCAGAUAACAGCUGUGUGUAAGGAGAGCCUGCUUCCUUGUCCAUCCCACAUGAUCGACGUCUUCAGUGAUACUGCAGUCAUUACCUUCCCUACUGGUAGUUUAAAUGAACUUUCAGAGUCCACUUGGGUAAACACACCAGAGCCACAAUAUGAACACUGUGCUGAUUUAGAGAUUGUAUGCAAGGACCAACAGAGAUAAUAUUGUAAAUUACUAGUCAUGUAUUUUACAUUAUUAAAAAAUGGGCUGGUCCCACUUGUUAUCAUUUUACACUUUUUAUCUUAAGAGCAUGUGUCAUAUAUAGAGGGAUGUGAAUGCAAAAUAAAAUGCACUUAAGUGUAAAGAGCCUAUGAGGGAAUUAAAAUGUCUACUAAUAUGCUACACUAUAUAGAUUCAUGAAUAAUGUUUUGAAUCUUAUGUGAUGCUGGAAAAUAAACAUUGCUCUCUUUCCAAAAAAGUAAAAA